CGCUAACCGCAUGUAGGAUAAUGAGAAAUGGAAUAAAUUCAUCAGUUCACAAAAAAUUAUCCAGUAAAAAAUUAACUGUUGAUAGUGUUGAUAGUUGAGAACAAGACCAAAUAAUUGAUGUAACAAACAGCUACUGAAUAGGAAUGAUGGAUAUUUUUUUAACUAGAUUUGUUAUAUUUAUCUUCCUGGUUAGUGUCAUAGAAAAAGCUAAUUCAUUGGAUAAAGCUGGUGAUAAAAAGGAAAUAAAGAACAAUCCAUUCGCACCGAAUUCAGCAAUCUUCAAAAUACCAGUUUCUAAAACUGUUAACUUAGACUUCCGUCAUGCGAGUGAGAAAAAAAUUGAAUCAGAAUUACUGAAAGUUUUAGCAGAUCUAUUGAAAAACAAGGCAAUAAAGCAGGAAAAAAUUGUACUCAACAUUAAACCUCCAAAAGAUUCAUCGACUGCAUUCGUUAAAAAAUUCACUCAUCUUUUGAAGGAGGAAACAAGCAGUGUAGUUCCUGAUGCUGUUAUAGGAGCCAAGUCCACUAUUUUCAAGAAAAAAAGUGGACAAAUCAGCACCCUUCGUUUAACACUCUUUGUAAUUCAAAAACCAAAACCAGUCAUUCCUCGCAUACCUAAAAAACAUGCACCAAGCAGGAGUCCAACUCCGGAAGAAUCCACAAAGCCAAAUAUCGAAGAAGUCAAUAUAAACAUAGAGAAAAAUGACGAGAAUAUAACAGCAACUGUUGAAUCCGCUCUACGAGAACUAUGUGAAAACUCAACUGACAUCGGCAGUAACAAAACAGAUAUACUACUCCACGUAUUAUCUUCUAAAACCAUCACUUCAGAUCAAAUAAAUAGCUUGAAAGAAUCAGUGAAACAAAUUUUACAGCAAACGUAUCCCGAUUCCAAAAUAUCGUUGGAUACAAAAUUGUUCUAUAACAAAAAGAGUCAGAAUUCAAAGCUUGAAUUUGAAAUUAGUCUCGAACCAAAAAUUGAAAAGCCUACAAUCAACAAUCUUCUCUUGCGCUGUAUAUCCUCUCCAUAUAACAAAACAAAACCUUCUAUUGAAGGCAGAAUCUCCGUCAAUGAUACAAAAUCAAUAGAUAACACAACAAAAGUUGUUGAGUAUAUUUUAGGCCAACAUUGCAAGAAUAUCACUGGAAAAGACAUCAAGAAAACAAUUAUUCUGCUGAAUGUGUCAUCCACUGAACAAUUCACCAAAAACGAAGAAGAUCGUUUGAAAAAAUCGUUGGAAGAAGGUAUUCGCAAAAUUUAUCCAGAUUCUAAAAUAUCUCUACAAAAUAUUGAAGGACAAACUACGUCGAAACUCAACUUCACAUUAAUCCUCACACCGAAAUAUACACCAAAAGAAAUUCUGGAAGCUUUGGAUCAUAAACUUAACGUCACAGUAAUAUCAGCUAAUAAAUCAGUCGAAGCUUCACUCGAUAAAAUGAAAGCUAAUCUACAAAAUCUUGUUCCUUAUUCUGAUAUUCUUGUGCGAGCUCAGAAUAUAAUUUCCAAGGAUUUGGAUCUAUUGGAGAAAAUAUUAAAAUCCCAGGAAACAAAGGUUGAUGAAGAUAAAAUUCCGAUAGAUCUCACCAAAAGUGAUUCGAGUUUCAAAGAUGAAUUAGAAGAUGCCUUACCACAUAUUCUAUCAAAAUUAGAGAAAAGUGAAAAGCCAGUAACACUUGCAUUCAAAAUAACUCUACCAAAUGAAGGAAGUUCCGUAAGUGAUGAUAUAUGCUCGAUUAUGAAGACACUUACCAGCAAAAUACCCAAAAAAACUCGCUACGGUAGUGUAGAUUUAGAUGUUACUCUUAUACCAAAAUCUGAGGAACUGCUCCCGAUGGAUGAACCAUUGCAAGCUGGUAUGAAACCUGAAUUGAGAUCUGCACUAAUGCCAACUGAAGUCAAUGUCAUAAAUGAAAUAAAAUCUGCAUUGGAAAAAAUCACAAGUCAGCUGCAAAACUCAGGAAACCAGUCUAACAUUUCUAUGAUGAUGCCACAAAAUGUUUCUUAUCUAUUAGAACAUAAUAUCCUGGAUAUCAUUAGAAAGGAGGUGGAGCUACUGUUUCCAUACUCACAAAUUCUAAUACAGGCUCAAACUGUCAUAUCUGAAGAAUUGAAAUUCUUGAAACUCAAUAUAGAACUAAGAUCAUUAACUGAAGAUUUGGAACGAUCAAAAGAGAACGAAGAAGUUUUUCCAGUAGAUUUAUCGAAAUUAGAAGAAAUUAGUCCUCAAGAACUGGAAGAUAUUCUUAGACCUUUAUGGUCGAAUCUAACGGAUAAUAGUACCAUGAGCUUCGAUUUGAAACUAAAACAAGUGAAUGAUAUAGGUCGCGGAAUUUUGGGAAAUGAAAUUUGUUCCAUUAUUGAUAUAUUGAGUAAAUCUCUUCCAGAAGAUAUAAGAUUAGAUGAAAUAUUACUCAGAACAACUGUAUUACCUGACGAAGAGCUGAAAGAAGUGGAAGAACUAAGUAAGGACCAAUCCAAAGAAGAAAAAGAUAUUUCAUCUAAAUUACUAGAUCUUACUAACCCAGAUACAAAUAACACGGAAGCAAUAUAUGAUGCACUUAAAGAGCUUGUUGAGAAAUACGAAAAUGAUACCAGCUCAAUCCUCUCAUCAACAAAUUUCACAUUAUCAAUUCAAUUACCAGAUAAUGAAACACUUUUCACCGUAGAAGAAGCAAUAAACACGAUAAAAGAUGGUCUCCUGAAACUGGUUCCUUACACAAAUAUCAUCAUAAAAACUCAGAAGAUAAUACAAAAUGAACUUCACUUAUUACGAGUAAAAAUACAACUCGAUCGUAAGAAGCCAUCGAAAAAAUUCAGCAUAGAUCUUCAAAGAACUGGAGAUUUUCUACCUGAAGAAGUAGAUGAAGUUGUUUUCGAUAUAAGAAAAAGCAAACAUCAUCCUUUCAGUUUCGCUUUAGAAAUGAAUAUACCUGAGUAUGCCGAUCUUGAUGCAUCAAGUUCUGAAAUUUGUUCAGUCAACACUAUUGUGAUAAAUAACAUUCCUAAGAAAUCAAUUUUGAGAGGUACCACUAUGAGAGUAUCUGUGGCUCCUAGAAAUAGGAACUCUACAAUAGAGCCAACCGAAAAUCCUAGAAAACUAGAAAAGGAAAUUCGCAUGGAAGAAAAUUUACCGUCUUUGGAAAAACCAUCUGUAAAUGAAGACAAACACUCUGAAGAGGAUUUGUUGAGACCCAAAAAUGAGACGAUGACGGAAAACGAACAAGAAACCACUAGUAAUAUCAAUAAAGAAAUUGAAGAAAAAAUUAAGAAACUGAUAGAAAAUUACAAAGAUGAGCAGCAGAAGAAAUCAGGAAACGAGAGUCUAACUGAUGAAAUUAAGGAGUUUCUCAAAAAAGAACAGAGUCCCCUGAGCAAUGAAACAAUGUGGAAAAAUAUGGAAUCUACAAAUGUUCCAAAAAACUUGGAAUCCAUUCGUAAAGAUAUAGAUGAAAUCACUAAAUCAAUUAACAAAAACAAUUUUCCUUCAUUAGAGAAGUAUGUAGAGGAAGAAAAAGAUGAUCAUGAUUCAGAAAAGGAACUAGAGAAGAAAAAACAAAAUCAAAAGGAAAAUCACGAUAAGCUUUCAGAAAACCCAUCUGAAAAGUAUGUAGAGGAAGAAAAAGAUGAUGAUGAAUUAGAAAAGGAUUUAAAGAAGAACAAACAAAAUCAAAAAAAAAAUCACGAUAAGAUUUCAGAAAACCCAUCUGAAGCCGAAAAAAAAUUUCAGGAAAAAGAAACAUUACCUGAAAAAACAAAAUGGCACAUGGAUGAAAAUUCACCGAAAAAUGAAGAACAAGAUAGGAUGAAAAACAAAGAACGGCUAAAAAGGGAUGAUUUAGAUGAAGACAAAUCGAAAGUUAUACCGACGUCAAAACCAUGGAAAGAGAAUGUAGAAAAAGCUGAAAAAAGAAACAAGAAAAAUUCUGAUAACAAACGUGAGAAAUAUAAUGAAGACAUAAAUAAAACGUCAAAUGAGACUGAAAAGCCAGAGGAAAACGAGGAAAGAACAGAAAUACCCAUAAAAGCAUUCUAUAAUGACCAAAAUGACGUAUUGCGCUACAAAGAAAAUCUUAACUUGUCCAACGCUACUUCGAAUUGGGAAGACAUUUUAAAGGAUGUGGCGAUUUCUGUGGUUAAAAUCGUACCAAGUGAUGACAAAGAGACCAUAGAAAUGACACUUAAUGUAAUUCCUCCUCCUGACACUACUGUAAACACAAUGAAGGACAUUACCAAAGCUUUGAUUUCUUCCCUAGUAUCGGCACUUCCCAAGGAUAUUGUGAACGUUGAAACAGAAGUAAAAAAAGACGAGGAAGAUAUUGUGAAUUCCGCACAAAUUAAAAUAACCUUAAGUAAUAACAAUACUUUAGGAAGAGAUAUUGUACAAGAGGAAAAGUUGAAGGACAAACUAAAGAGUGAAUCAGAACGAGUCACGGAAUUAAACCAACUUUUGAAUGAAUUGGAUAAAGAUAUUGAUAAAGAUAUAAAGACUUUGAUUCAAACUCCAUUGAAAAAGACAAAAAAUAUUCCUAAACAAUCAAGAAAGAAGAAGGUUACAACGCCAAAGCCAUUUGAAAAGUUUUCUGAUCUUAUUUUGGAAGUGUGAAUGUUGAAUAUUAUGAUAAUGUUAAAUGUGAAAAACACUUUUCUUGUACUUGGAAGAACUAGAACUGUAUUAUUUAUGUGAUUGAAUUAUAACUUUUCAAUAAAUUAUUAAAGAUUA